AUGUCGCGGUCAAAGGAGGAGGGGGCUGCAGCAGACGCGCCGUCCACCAGCGGCAGCACAAGCAGUGCUGAGGUGGACGUGGAUGCCGCCUUGGCACGCCGCCGCAGCCGCCGGAGGAUCCAGCCCGCCGUGAAGGUCGAGUCCGCAGCGGUCGCGCAGGCGACGGGCGCGGCGCCGCAGACGCCGGUCGGCGAGUUUGAGACCGCCGUGGUGCAGCUGCUCGGCGGCUUCUUCGCCCUCCUGCUCGCGGAGGGCCUUUUGCUGGCGGCCUCGGGCUUCCUGCCGGAGGACUGGGACCAGUUCAUUGAGAAUGUGCUGUACCCCAGCUUCAGCCCCCAAAUGCUGGCAUUCCUGGGGGCCAGCUCGUUCUAUGGCCUUUGGAAGACGGGGAAGCUGCCCGGACAGAAGCAAAUGUGA